UCAGAGGAACAGAGGACAAAGACAUUUCCCCCCUUUCAUCGGAUUAAAAUUCACAACAUAAAUGGAAAAUCUUUAAACCCAAUUAUAAUUCUUCUUCUUGUUCUUCAUUUUAGCUUCAUAAUUCUCUCUUCUGAAACAAUAAUAGAGAAAAGAAGGAUCUGUUUUUGCAGUUUUCCCUCCCCUGUUUUUCUGUCUCUCACCAUACUCUGUUUUUGCUGUUUCUUUUUCCUCCUUUUUUCCUGUUAAUUUUACUGCCUUCAUUUCGUCAUUUUCUUUACCGGAAAAAACUAAUCAUAAGUCCAGAAAUUAUGGGUUUCUGUUGAAAAAAAAUUAAAGUUAAAUAAUCCAUUCAUGGUUUCGUAGCGUAUUCUUCCUCAUUUCCUCCUUUUUUAGUUUUAGCCUUCGUUUUCCCAUUGAAAUCCUUUCUGUAUUUGGGUGGUUUCUCUGAUUUGGCAAUUUUUCAUUCUGGGUUGUUUCGUUUUUGAAUGAAAAAGGGUUUAAUUCUUCUGGGGUUGGCUGAGAUUUUGUAGGAUUGAAGAAACAAUUUUGGAUUUUCUUUUUUUAAUAGCUGAAAGCGUUUGUGGGUUUUGGGAUUAUAACCAGCAAAGAAUCCAAGUGAAUAAAGGAAGAAGCAGAAAAGAAACAGAAAGAAGAAGGAGAUUUCAUUUUCUUCUUUUUUUUCUUUUUUUUCUUUUUUCUUUUUUUUGAUACUCUCUGUCAAAUUUCUGUCUUAAACGUCAAAGAACAGAAAUUUCUCUCACUGCCAUUUAGCAUUUUUUUCCCCUUUUUAUUAUUAUUAUCUCUCACUCCUUGUUUCUCUCAAAUCCCGACAGUCUCUCUCUUUUUCUCUCUGCCAUUUUUGUUUUUUCUCUCAUUAGCUUCCUAUUCUGUUUCCUGGAUUUUUCACAAUCUCCAAAAGGGGUAAAAAUGGAGUCCAAUUUGGAUUGUUUUCUCCAUUGUACAACACCAGUGGUUCAAUCCCAAUUCCUCCCAAAGACAGAAAUCAGGAAUCUCAAUCGUCUAUGGCAUCCAUGGGAGAGAGAAAAAGUAGAAUAUUUCACUCUAGGUGAUCUCUGGAAAUGCUUCGAUGAAUGGAGUGCUUAUGGAGCCAAAGUUCCAAUCACUUUAAACAAUGGAGAGACAUUAACUCAAUAUUAUGUCCCCUAUCUCUCCGCUAUUCAAAUCUUCACUGGUUUUAGGGUGGAAACAGAGUCUGGUGAUGGAGAUACAAGGGAUUUCUAUAGUGAUUGUUGUAGUGAAGAGAGUGAUAGUGAUAAACUAUGGAGAUGGGAUGGAACUGGAAGUACUUCUUCUGAAGAUGGAGGAUCUGAACAAGAAGCACUUUUGCAUCUAAAUGAUCGAUUAGGGUACCUUUACUUUCAGUUCUUUGAGAAAUCAACUCCAUAUGGAAGAGUCCCUUUACUGGAUAAGAUCAAUGGAUUAGCUCGAAGAUUCCCAGGUUUGAUGACACUUAGAAGUGUGGAUCUGUCGCCAGCAAGCUGGAUGGCUGUGUCAUGGUACCCAAUUUAUCAUAUUCCCAUGGGAAGAACCAUCAAGGACUUGUCCACUUGUUUCCUCACUUAUCACACUCUCUCAUCUUCAUUUCAAGAUAUGGAGAUGGAGGAGGAGGAGAAGGGGGGAGGAAUGAAGAGGCGACAAAGGAGGGAAGUAGGGGAAGGGAUAUCGGUGACAGCAUUCGGGGUGGUGACGUACAAGAUGCAGGGGAGCCUAUGGGUGGCGGGCAAUGGUGGUCGGGACCAGGAGAGGUUGGUGUCGUUGUCGAGCGUGGCGGAAUCAUGGCUAAAGCAGUUGAGGGUCCAACACCAUGACUUCAAUUACUUCACAGGUCUUCGCCGUGGCUAACUCAAUGAAUCAAUCACACAUAUCAUUGUCAUCCACCACAAUACAACCCUCUAGUUUUUUUUGAAAAGUUGAAGCUUUUUUUCCCCUUUUCUUCCUUUCUUCUUCAUUGGGUCCUUCAAAAUGCUUAAGAAACUUUGGUUGAGAUAUAUCGAACAUAAAAAGAAAAAGAAAGAAAGAAAGCGAGACUAAUAGGAAUUGUUGUGGAAAAGCUAUGGUUUGUAGCCAUGGAAAAUGGCUCCAAUGGUCUACUCUAUCAAAGUGGGCUAACAUAUUAUUUCAUCCCAACAAUUUCAUACUCUUAGAUAUUGUUCUUAAUGAAUCAAAGUUAUAAAUCAUAUAUAACGAUGGUUUGGUUUGGAUUAUA